AUGGCGAGAUGUGUGUGGGCGCUUGCUCCGGAAGCUGUUACGGAGCACAUGGAGAGGACAACAGAGCCAGAUGUCAAGCAAUGGUUGUUCUCGAUGAUUGCGACAUUGCGGCAGGAAGAUCUCACUCUCUGUUUGGUCACUCUAUGGGCGAUUUGGCACGCCCGAAGGAAAGCGAUUCAUGAGGAUAUAUCCCAAAGUCCCCUGUCCACGCAUCAUUUUGUGGAGAAUUUUAUCCGAGAAUUGAAGAUUGUUGAAACAAAGAAGCCCCAAGCACCAUCUGAGAGGCCGAAGCCACAAGUUAAGAAGUGGUUGGCACCAGAGGCGGGACAUGCAAAAAUAAAUGUCGACGCAGCCGUCAGGAAGAAUGAAAAUUUUGGUGCAGUAGCGGCGGUGUGUAGAGAUAAAGAUGGUGCCUUCUUGGGAGCAUCAGCACAAGUUAUUCGUGGAAUGUCUGACCCUGCUACUCUGGAGGCAAUGGCAUGUCGAGAGGCCUUGGCGCUCGCGUGCGACUUGUCUUUAAACCGUGUCCACGUUGCGUCUGAUUGCCUGGAGGUGAUCUCUAGUAUGGAGGGCGAAAAUCUGGGACGGUUCAGUUCCGUGUUGAAGAAGAUCAAGGCAACUGCUUCUGACUUUACAUCCGUAAAGUUUACUCAUGAGAAGAGAUCUUCGAAUGUAGAAGUUCAUAGCUUAGCUAGUGGUUCAGCUUAUCUGAACACCGGUCGUCACGUCUGGCUUGUGCAAACACCAGACCCGCUUUGUAUUCCUAUGUUUUUGAAUGAUCAAUAA